AUGAGCGAAAGAGGAGGUAAAAAAGGAGGAAGAGGAGGUAAAGGAGGAAGAGGAGGAAAAGGAGGACAACAACCACAACAACAACAACAACAAGGCCAAGCUCCUGUUCAACAACCAGCUGCCGUAGCCCCACCUGUUGUAGUCCCACCAAGCAAACCAGCCGCCGCUCCAAGUCAAGUUCAGGCUCCUGUCCAACAACCAGCCGCUCCAAGUCCAAGUGCUUGGGGGAAACCACCUGCUGGUGCUUGGGGAAAACCACCCGGUUUAUCCGUCCAACCAUCAUCUACCCCCGCCGCUACUGCCCCUGCACCCAAGCAACCAGUAGCUCAACCUACUACUACUACUAGUACCACUAGUACUACUAGUACUACUAGUACUGCUGCUGCCGCCUCGUCAUCAUCAUCAUCGUCAACAUCAGGUACCAUUGUCACUCCAGGUGCCGAAAGACAAGGAAGAAGAAGAGAAGCAGAUAUUGAUGUUACUGAUCUCGCACAAAGAAAGAACAUUGCUGCCAGAUCUGGUUCUAUCACCAAACUCGCCGUCAACCAAUUCCAGCUAAAGUUUAGUCAAAAUAAGUUAUUCCAGUAUGCUGUUGAUUUCCAACCCCACGUUGACAACCGUACCACCAAGUGGGAUAUCCUUACCUCGUUCAAGGCUGAGAUUGGUUUGUUCAUGUAUGAUGGUGUAGGUGUUCUCUAUUCCACCAAAGAGAAACCAACCACUACCUACUCUACCAAAACUGGUGUUAGAGUAUCACUCCAAUUUGUAAAAGAAAUCGUUCAAACUGAUCCUUCUGCAGUUCACUUUUACAAUAUUUUGUUCAAACGUUUUAUGAGGGAUAUGGGAUUCUCUAUUAUUGGUAGACAAUACUUUAAUAGUAGUAAGAUUCAUCAAAUCCCAACACAUAACCUUGAAGUAUGGCCAGGCUUCUUUACGUCUGUUAAUCACAUUGCAGUUGGUACCUCAUUGUUGGCAGAUGUAGCUCACAAGAUUGUUAGAACUCAACACUUGUGGGAUUUCAUCAAGGAGCAAAGAGCCAACCGUGUCAAUGACACUGAUAUCAACAACAAGCUUGCUGGUAGUAUCAUCAUCACCAAGUACAACAACAAGACGUACAGAGUCUCGCUUGUAGAUUUCAAAAAGACAGUCAAGGAAUCUUUUGACAGUUUUUCUGGUGGCAAGAUCACCUAUUUGGAUUACUAUCGUAAACAGUAUCCAAAUUUCAAGAUCACUGACACCAACCAACCACUUAUUGGUUGUGAUGUCAAACAUCGUGGUGUUUUGGAACGUAUCUAUAUUGUUCCAGAGUUGAGUUUCCUCACAGGAAUGUCAGAAGAGAUCACGUCUAAUCGCAAGAUCAUGAUGGAUCUCUCUAAUCACACCAUCAUCACUCCUGAACAACGUCUCCGUACCCUUUCAGGAUUUGUUCAAGACCUUAGAACCAAUCCAAAGGUUGCCACUACCAUUCAAGAAUGGGGGUUCAACAUUGGUAAUGCCAUGCCAGUCGAUGGAUACAAACUUCCAGACCCCGAGACUGUCCAAACCAUCAAAGUCUUAAAGGGUGGAAAGUGGGCACUCUUGGCUGGCGACCGUGACAUGCAAGCUGCCGUGACUUUUGCCAGCAAGUUUGUAAAGAUGACCGAGCUCUCUCAACCCGACCAGGUCACUGUCUCUGGUCACCCACUCCGUCCUGAAAGCUGGAUCAAAGAUCUUGGAAAGCUUGCUGGAAAGGGUUACCUAUUUAUCAUGAUUGUCAUUCCUGCCAACAGAACCGACAUUUAUGAUGCCAUCAAGAAAGAGUCUUUGCUCAGACUCAAGAUGAUCACUCAAUGUGCCUUUAUCCGUACACUCGAAAAGGAUGGUAUGUCUGUUGCCACCAAGAUCACUCAUCAAGUCAUUGCCAAGCUUGGUCGCAGUCCAUGGUAUCUCAAACAAACCAUAGCUACCGGUAUGCCAAAGAAGACCAUGGUAGUUGGUAUUGAUGUUGGUCACAACUCUGAUCAACGUGGAAAGUCUGUAGUUGGUUUUGUCAGUUCAAUCGAUGACCACUACACUCAGUUCCAUACCACAGCUAUCUGUCAAAGUAGACCAGGCAAGGAGAUUGUAGAGUCUCUGAAACCCUCCAUGCUUUCAGCACUCAAGGCUUACCAUGAAAAGAACAACACGCUCCCCGAAGUUGUCAUUGUCUAUCGUGAUGGUGUCGGUGAUGGUAUGCUCGGUCUCGUUAGAAAGUUUGAAGUAGCCGCCAUCAAGGAGGCCUUUGCUGAAGCUCCUUCCAUCUGGGGUAUCAAACCCAAACUCAUGUAUUGUGUUGUUAAAAAGAACACCAACACCCGUUUCUUUGAUCUUGGCAACCACUAUGGUAACCCUGCUCCUGGUACAAUCAUCGACAAGGGUUGCACCCACACCAACUGGUACGAUUUCUAUCUCGUCUCUCAACGUGCCAUCAACAAGGGAUCAGUCAAUCCAACUCACUACCAUGUGAUUGUAGAUGAAACUGAUAUUCCAGCAGACUUGUUCCAAUUAUAUACAUACAAAUUAUGUUUUAUCUUUGCAAAGGAAAAAACCAACUGUCCAUCCAUUUUAAAAAAAUAA